AGCAUUAGGGUUCUAGAGUUUCGACAGGUCGAAGAUUUAGCUGAGGAGAGCGAGCAGCGGCGGCAGACUUCAGCAUCACAGCAGCAGCGGAGGAGCAGCCAUGGUUCUGAAGACGGAACUCUGCCGUUUCAGCGGCGACAAGAUUUACCCGGGAAAGGGAAUCCGAUUCAUCCGCUCCGAUUCCCAGGUCUUCCUCUUCGCCAAUUCCAAAUGCAAGAGGUACUUCCACAACCGCCUCAAGCCUUCCAAGCUCACCUGGACCGCCAUGUACCGGAAGCAACACAAGAAGGACAUUGCUGCUGAAUCUGUGAAGAAGAAGCGCCGUUCGACCAAGAAGCCCUAUUCGAGGUCCAUUGUUGGUGCCACAUUGGAAGUUAUCCAGAAGCGAAGGACUGAAAAGCCCGAAGUUCGUGACGCUGCCCGUGAGGCGGCUCUUCGUGAAAUUAAGGAGAGGAUUAAGAAGACCAAGGAUGAGAAGAAGGCGAAGAAGGCUGAAUUGGUGUCCAAGUCAAAGGGUCAGUCCAAGGGAAACGUGCCCAAGGCUGCUGGUCCUAAGGCCGCCAAGCUCGGAGGUGGUGGUGGAAAGCGAUGAGUUUUCUUCCUCCUCCCAUCUUAACCGUUUACUCUACUUCUUGUUUUGCUCUGACAUUUCAAGUCUUUUCUGGUUUGCAAUUUUUGUAUGGAUUGAUGUUGGCAUUUUUGGCCACAACAAUUUUGGAUCUUCAUGAUGGGUUUCGAUUGCAAUAGUGAAAGUUUUAUUGUUUA